GUGUGUGUGUGUGUGUGUGGAGAGGCGGGGUCCUUAGGUAGCCCGAGAGAGAGCAGCUUUUCACACUUCACGGCAUCGAACGAUCGCCCGGGAGGCGGGACUCUGACCCGGUUUACGCACAACGAGCCAGGCUGCUGUCUCCGUCGUCUCGGGUUGGGGGAAGUCUCCGUCUCCCGCGGAAGCCACGAUGUCUGACUGCAGGAGGCAGUGGAACCGGGAGGAUGAGCUGCCGGUCUACCUGGCGGGACCGAUCGCCACCGGGCCGAACCAGCGGAAAUCCUUCGGGAUGUUCAGCUCCGUGGAGGGGGCGUUCGAGAGCAAGACCAUAGACUUCGACAACUACGCGGUGGGGAGGAAAGGGAGCCGCACCCCGAGGAGCGGGAGCCGGGAGAGGCUCUUGGACGCCGGUGGAGCCGUCAGCAAGACGUCCAGCCAGGCCCGGCAGGGGUCACUGAGCGACCCGCCCGGGGAGCAGGACGACGCACGCGCCGGUGUGGAGGUCCGAUUGUCACCGGGGGUGGACAGCGCCGACGGACAGAGUGAGAAGCUGUUGAUCAGAGGAGGACGGUUGGUCAACGAUGACCAGUCUCUCUAUGCAGAUGUCUACAUUGAGGAUGGGCUCAUUAAGCAGGUGGGGGAGAACCUGGUUGUUCCGGGGGGUGUCAAGGUGAUCGAGGCCAAUGGCCGCAUGGUGAUACCAGGGGGAAUAGAUGUGAACACCUGUCUCAUGAAGUCCUAUCUGGGCAACAGGCCUGUUGAUGAUUUCUUCCAGGGCACCAAGGCUGCACUUGCUGGGGGCACUACCAUGAUCAUUGACCAUGUGACCCCGCAGCCUGGCGACAGCCUGCUGAUGGCCUUUGAGCACUGGCAGGAGGCUGCAGAUAAGAAGGCCUGCUGCGACUACUCCCUGCACGUAGACAUCCCCCAGUGGGACGAGACUGUUAAAUAUGAGUUGGAGCUGCUAGUGCAAGAGAAAGGUAUCAACUCAUUCCAGGUCUACAUGGCUUAUAAGGACGUGUACCAGAUGUCAGAUUCUCAGCUCUACGAGGCCUUCACCUUCCUGAAGCAGUUGGGUGCGGUGGUGUUGGUUCAUGCUGAAAAUGGAGACCUGAUCGCUCAGGAACAGAGAAAAAUCCUCGGAAUGGGAAUCACCGGACCUGAAGGCCAUCCUCUGAGUCGUCCUGAGGAGCUGGAAGCUGAGGCGGUGUUUCGUGCCAUCACCCUUGGUAACCGCGUGAACUGUCCUGUCUACAUCACCAAGGUGAUGAGCAAGAGUGCAGCUGACACCAUCACCCAGGCCCGUAGGAAAGGCUCUGUAGUGUUCGGGGAGCCGAUCACAGCGAGCCUGGCCACUGACGGUUCCCACUAUUGGAGCAAGAACUGGGCCAAAGCGGCGGCAUAUGUGACCUCUCCACCUCUGAGUCCUGAUCCCACAACUCCGGACCAUCUCAAUACACUGCUAGCUUGUGGGGACCUCCAGGUGGUCGGCAGUGCUCACUGUGCAUACAGCCUUUCUCAGAAAGCAAUUGGCAAAGAUGACUUCACCCUCAUCCCAGAGGGAACCAAUGGAGUGGAGGAGCGAAUGGGUUUCGUCUGGGACAAGGCCGUGGCCAUGGGGAAGAUGGAUGAGAACCAGUUCGUGGCAGUCACAUCUACCAACGCUGCUAAAAUCUUCAAUCUGUACCCUCGUAAAGGCCGGAUAGCUGUGGGCUCUGACGCUGACGUCGUCAUCUGGGACCCUGACAGCACCAAAACCAUCUCGGCCAAAAACCAGCAAUCGGCUUCAGAAUACAAUAUCUUCGAGGGACUGGAGUGCCGCGGAGGUCCAGCACUGGUGCUGAGUCAAGGUCGGGUGGUUUAUGAGGAGGGCAAGCUGCAGGCUCAGCAGGGCGCCGGCCGUUUCAUUCCCUGCAAGCCCUUCCCAGACUAUGCUUACCGACGCGUUAAGUUCAGAAACCAGGUGAAGCAGGGUGUUACUCGUGGGAUGUAUGAAGGCCCUGUGCAUGAUGUCGCUCCUAUGGCCAAAUAUAUCACUCCCUCUCCAUCGGCCAGAACGUCACCAACCUUCAACCAACCACCACCAAUACGCAACCUACACCAGUCCAACUUCAGCCUGUCAGGGGCACAGAUCGAUGACUAUAUCCCACGUCGGUCGGGCCACCGUAUUGUGGCGCCCCCCGGUGGUCGCUCCAACAUCACCAGCCUUGGUUGAACACUUUUGACUGUGCACUGAGUGUGUUGUGAGGGUCUCAGCUCUCGAGUGUGUGUGAGUGUGUGUGUAUGGCCGAGAAUGUGACCACACAAGCAUGAAUGAACAAUGGUGACACACUCAUUUUAGACUAUUAUGAUUUCAUCAAUUUGCCUUCCCUCCACGGUCACUGAGAAGAAGUAAUGUUGAGAGUGAUUGACAAUCAACCAAACAUUCAGAAAUCUGACAAAGCGAGACUCACGAUCGGGGCACUCACACACACACACACACACACACACACACACACACACACAGAUCCGGUGUUGAACGCCCUCCAAACACCUAAAUGUGACCCCAGUAUUGCGUCAUAACGUUGUUGUCUCCUUUCCCGUGAGCAUGACUUCGCCCACGAUCUCCCUCACGUCACAUGUCUUACUGCGUGGGUCUGCUCAGACAUGGUGCUCCUUACCACAGCUGAAGAAAAUAACUAACAUUCUCCUGCAUCUGGUUUUCCACAUCUUGGCAAUAUUUGUUCCAGUGUGACGCGAGUGGAUCAGUUUUAGGCUACAUAUUGCAUGGACACAUCUUUAGAUUUUGCACUACUUGUUACAAUGGACGAACACUUAAAAUUAAAAUCAAGGCACAUAUGUGUUCCUAUAUUGUUAAACAUAUGUCUGUUGAACAUAAUGACAUUCACUGUGUGUACCACCAGCUUUUUACCAGGUUCAAAACAUUGACCAACUUUCACUUCACCAGAAAAUAUAUGCAACAUGCGACCAUAAAGUGUUGAGUAGAUUAAAGCAAACACAAACAGUUGUGCACUUUUGAAGACAUUUUUCGAUUGCUGUACCUACAAAAUUAGCGUUUAACAGUAAAGACUUCAUGAUGUGUCUGUGCUAGUUUCCUGCAAAUCACCCAUGCCAGGAAUAGAUUUUGUCGUAAUGACAUGCUCAACUCACUGCUGUAAAAGGGCUCCAGCUCCUUCAACCACGAAAUUCAAUUGAGGAAUCUUUUUAAGCUGUUUUUAUUUUUAUUGCGUUGAUUCUGGAUGUUUACUUGGUACAUUUAGUGUCUGUUUUUGUUGCUGUUGUCUGGUGUCUCCAAUGGAACCACUAAUGAUCAAUAAAUACUUGACUGUUGUAAAAAGAACCAUUUAUUUGAUGUUUAGUACUAAACAUAUAGAUGCUAUGCUUUUUGCAUGCCAUGUCUUUGUCUGCUAAAUUUCUGUGGUAAAAAACAAUUUUUGCCGAUCAGUUCUGUCAAUAAAGUUAGUGAUUUGAGGCUGAAGAACCCGAUGGAAAUGUAAAACAACAUUACAAAUCACAAAUAUUUGUAAAAUCCAUCCAUUUAUCCAUUUGAUACUUCAAGGGUCACAGGGUCUUUUAAACUUGUCUAUACCUUAAUAGCUUGACAAAUAUAAUCUGAGCACAUGAAAAAGGCAUAUUCGCUUCCACAUUUCAUGAAAUAUCAAAUAUCAAAUGUGAGAUGUCAAGACAGAGCCACUGGCCAUAACCCUGGUAUAUCAUUGACACAUGAAAAAAAGGUUUGUUGAGGAUGCCCGUGUCCGUCAGUCAGUCUGGCCUUCAGCUCAACACAUCCAAAGAAAGUGGAACGGCUCAAUGAAAAAAGGUUUGGACUCAAAUGGUUGAGUUAGAGUUGCAAGAUAAGUUACAGAAAAGGCAAACAAGGACUUUCAACAUGCAGGUGGAGAAACUGAGUCAAAAGGGACAAGGCUUGAUGAGUAAUAGUCAAAAAAAGCAAACGAAGAAGCUUUUCUGGAUCUUGCGUUAGAUCUGUUAUGUCUUGACAAACCACCUGUCAGAUUGCUAUGAUGAUGAUGAUGGUGAUUUACCUGCUGCUGUGGAAGUGAGAAAAGGUGUGUGGAGGAAAGACAUGUAUGGUAAUGAAGAGGAAGGUGUGAGCAGUGGGUGAGCAGGAGAAGGCUGCUCUGUGAAGAUGAGGGGAAAACUGGAUAGAGAAGUGUAGUAGUUCAUGAUGAUGUCACCAUGUCGUCAGUAUGAAGUCUAAGAUCAUUUCAUAUGGGGUACUACUGCAAUCGUUUUUGCAACCAAUAGGAAUAGAGCCACAAGAUGCAGCUUAUUUAUUUUUAACCAAUCAUUCAACAUCAUAUUAAAUAAGUGUCAUGACUUUAUGAAAUGCCAUCAUUAUAAUAAAUAAAAGUUAGUGUUGCCUGACUGGGGUAUACAGUGUGCCCAGGGUACGAAUUCAUUACUGUAGUUGUCAACUUGUUAUCACCUUGAAAAUGUGUUCACUUCCAAUGUGUCAAACCACUGUUUAAAUUGAAUAGUGCUACAUCUGUAGUGUAUAUAUAUACACACGCCCAUCUGUGGUGAAAAUGUUAGUGGUUAUUGUUGUCCUUGAUGAUAAAGCCAGUUUACAUCACUUAC